AUGCGAAACUUCAGGGGGAUGCCCGUGAGGAUCCGAGAAACUAAGGGAACCUCUCGAAGGGGCCCGGCCAAACCACCCCGGGACCGCGAGUUCCCCUUGACCCGCGCAGAGAACCACAGCAGGCGGGGAAGAAGUCAGGGCAUCCAGGAAGAUCCGGUGUUGCUGAGUGAGGCUGGGAUCCGAUUGGCUGGAUCUCGGUCUCCCCGCCCCCCCUUCCGCCGCGUCCGAAAAACAGUGAGGGGAUUGGACAGCGCCGAUGAGAACGUCAAGGAGGAUGCCCCUGAGGACACCCUGAGAGAAAGGAAGGGAACCUCUCGAAGAGGCUCGGCAAAACCACCCGUGCCCCGCGGGCUCCCCUCAAGCGGCCCGCAGAACCGGAGCAGCACGGGCAGGAAGUUGGGGCGUCAGAGAAGAGCCGGAGCUUGGUGGGCGGGGCUGCGCGCCGAUUGGCUGGUUCUGGGCCGGCGCGCAGGAGCCCGCUGCCAUCUCGGCUUCCAUAAGAGAACAUUUUCAGAUAAUGCUCAGGCCACGGCCACAUUCCAGAUCUACUACUUCAGACUCUCUGGGGAUGUCUUGCCAGCAUCGGCUCUUCUGAAGCCUCUCCAGGGGAGAUUUGAUGCACAGUUUAGGCUGAGGCGCACGAUUGCGUGA